AAUCAAAGAUCAUGUCAUUAAGUCCGAGAGACCCUCUUAUCGUAGGAAGAGUUGUAGGAGAUGUUGUUGAUCCUUUCAUGAGACUGAUUUCUCUUAAUGUUACUUAUGGCCAAAGACAGAUAACUAAUGGAAUGGAUCUAAGGUCUUCUCAAGUUCUGAACAAACCAACGGUUGAGAUUGGAGGAGAUGACCUCAGAAAUUUCUACACUUUGGUUAUGGUGGAUCCAGAUGUGCCAAGCCCAAGCAACCCGUACCUCCGAGAAUACCUCCAUUGGUUGGUGACAGAUAUACCUGCCACAACUGGAACAACUUUUGGCAAUGAGUUGGUGUACUACGAGAAUCCAUGUCCCACAUCAGGAAUUCACCGAGUCGCAUUGAUAUUGUUCCGACAACUCGGAAGACAAACGGUUUAUGCACCCCAGUGGCGCCAAAGGUUCAACACUCGUGAGUUCGCUGAGAACUACAAUCUUGGUCUCCCCGUGGCUGCUGUUUACUUCAACUGUCAGAGAGAGAAUGGCUGCGGAGGAAGAAGGACCUCGUAGAUAUAUAUGCCUCCAUCUCAAGUAACCUAAUUACAUGAUUAUCUAGAGGUUCUUGUAAUAAAUAUAUUAAGAAUCUGAUGAUAUAAACAAAACGCAGGUGAUGCAUCAUGCAUGUUGACAUCUAUAUAAAGUACUUUUAUAUGUAAUAAUUGAGAGGGAGGAAUAAAAAUGAAAGUGUUCUUACGUGUAUGGCAUGUGAUGCGACAUUUUACUUCAUUGUAAAUAUUCUAAGCAACAUUACAUAUGUUUUCAUUGGCUCUUGGAUCAAUUCUUAAUACUUGUCUUUCAGAAGAGAGUGAAUAGUGAAGCUUGUUAUGGCAUUUGGAAUUUACUAUAUUUUUGUAAACUAAUCUACGUUUUACUUCAUAUAUACGAAAGGGAAAAGACAAAUACUUUUUUUUACUGAAGACAAAUACUUUCAUAUAUAUAGAAAAUGUUGAAAGAAAAUCACUAUCAGUUUGAAGUUAAGAUAUUAAUUAGAUCAUAUCAAGUACAAAUAUCUAAAAUGUCUUCAAAAAGUUUAAAACUCUUGAAAAUGUAAGAUAUUUUGAAAGACUUUUGCACAAAUAUGAUAUUAUUAUUUUAAUAUUUGACAAAGAUUCCAUCUAUUUGUAUAGUAGGUUCAGUCACUUCCUCACAUAAUAUAGUUUUAAAAUUACAAAGCCUGAUAUCUUAUCUAGUGAUUUGAGUUAGUGUUACAAUCCUAAUUCAAAUUAUUAUUAUGCAUAAGUAAAUUAUUAAUAGCAUUUUUGAAAAAAAGGAAAAUGAAACUUUUGGAAGAAAAAAAGUUCAAACAUAUCAUAAAAGAAAUCACAAACACAGACCAACAACAAAAAAACUCCUGGAUGAGGGUCUCACUUCGUUGACUUAGU